AGAAGCAGGAACACUCGCUCCUGCUUGGACGAGUCUAAAAAGGGUGCACAGAGGAAAAGACCUUUUUCGUGAAAUCUAAGUAGGUGUACAAUAGGCAGACUGGCAACAGGCAGGUAGGGGAUCGCUACUGGGGAUCGCGCAAGCGGCUGCUCGGGGCACCUGUCCGCGCGAGGCAGGCUCCGCUCGUUCUUCCACAGGACACGCUUCCGCGGGAUUCCCAAGGAGCACGCUGGAGCCGCAGGCACAGAAUCGCCCACGCAGGGCUCUCCGGGGGCUUCUGUUAUUGGACGCGCGACUGCGCGGACUCCUCGGACCCUCCUUUCCUCCCCGUGACCCCUCGCGGGCUCUGAAGUCCACAAGUAGUUCCGCCCUUGAGAAGCUCCGCCCUCUCUUACAAAAUGCAAUAAAUCCGAGUCCAGAGCGCUUCGCGGUGCAAGCAACCCUCGCGGUACCUCUAGGAAGUGCGACCUGCAGACGCCCAGCCUCACGAUGGUUAAUGCUAAGAGCUGGACCCUGAAGAAGCACUUCGAGGGCGAGCCUACUCGGAGUGACUUUGAGCUGAAGACUGCUGAGCUCCCACCCUUAAAAAAUGGAGAGGUCCUGCUUGAAGCCUUAUUUCUCUCCGUGGAUCCUUACAUGAGACUGGCAUCCAAAAGGUUGAAGGAGGGUGAUGCGAUGAUGGGACAGCAAGUGGCCAGAGUGGUGGAAAGUAAAAACUCAGCCUUCCCAACAGGAACAAUCGUGCUGGCUUUUUCAGGCUGGACAACACACUCCGUGUCUGAUGGGGAAGGCCUGGAAAAAUUGUCUACAGAGUGGCCAGAUACAUUACCACUGUCUUUGGCCCUGGGGACAGUUGGCAUGCCAGGCCUAACUGCGUACUUCGGCCUGCUGGACAUCUGUGGCGUGAAGGGAGGAGAGACAGUGCUGGUUAAUGCAGCAGCAGGAGCAGUGGGCUGUGUUGUGGGGCAGAUUGCUAAGCUCAAGGGCUGCAAAGUUGUUGGAACAGCAGGGUCGGAUGAAAAGAUUGCCUAUCUUAAACAAGUUGGAUUUGAUGUUGCCUUUAACUACAAGACAGUAGAUUCUCUGGAAGAAGCAUUGCAGAAAGCCUCCCCUGAUGGUUAUGAUUGCUAUUUUGAUAAUGUAGGUGGAGAAUUCUCGAACACUGUUAUACCCCAAAUGAAGGCAUUUGGAAGAAUUGCGAUUUGUGGGGCCAUCUCUGUGUAUAACCGCACUGGCUCAUUUCCCCCAGGUGUAUCCCCAGAGAUUGUUAUCUAUAAGCAACUCCGCAUGGAAGGAUUCAUAUUCAACAGAUGGCAAGGAGAUGUCCGUGAGAAGGCUCUGAAAGAGCUGAUGAAAUGGGUUUCAGAGGGCAAAAUCCAGUAUCGUGAACACCUUAUCAAAGGAUUUGAAAACAUGCCAGCUGCAUUUAUGGGAAUGAUGAAAGGUGAUAAUUUGGGGAAAGCAAUUGUGAAAGUGUGAAAAAAAUGACAUAUGAAUCAUCAUAGCACAAUUUGGAUGACUACUGAAUUCUUCACUAUUUAGUAAAAAUGUAUACUGUCCAAAUAAUCUAAGAAAUGGUAACUAUAAUGAUCUACUGAAUAAAAUACAUUGAAGCGGUCUGUGAUUAGUGACAAAUAAUAUAAAUUUCAUAGUUAACCACAGCCAGUUACCUUUCUACCUACUUCUGCUUUUUCUGGUUUACAGUAACAAAUAAUGGCAUUGGGGUAUGUAUUAGUUUUCCAUUAGUGUGACAAAAUACCUGAGAUAACUUGUAAGGAGGGAAGAUCUAUUCUGGCUCACUGUUGUGUAGGUUCAGUCCAUGGUCUAUUGGCCCCAUUGCUUUGGGCCUGUGGUAAGGUAGUACAUCAGAAGCAGAAACAAGUAGUGGAGGAAGCUACUUACCUCACAGCAGUUGGAAAGCAAAGAAACACAGACUGAAAGAUACUGGGGUCCCAAUAUCCCCAUUAAGGGCACACCCCAAUAAUCUAACUUCCACUAGACCUAACCUCCUAAAGACUCCACCACUCCAGAAACUAAUGGCCAUACCUUUUUUUUUUUUUUUUUUUUGGCCAUACCUUUUAAAACAGAAGCUUUGGUGGUGGGCACUCAUUCAAACGAUAGUGGAGUUCAAAAGUUUAAUAUCUCUGUGACCUUGGAUUUCUAGUUUUUCAUCUGAAAAGUGGAGAUAAGUAUUAGCUACUUCCAUGCAGAAAUUAGUGAAUCUGAAGUGAAUCUGAGGAGCACAAAAGAUUUAAACAGCGGGGAUAUAGCUCAGUGGCACAGUGCCUGCCUGGCAAAUGGAAGGUCCUGAGUUUGAUUCCUGUACCAAAAAAAAAAAAAAGAAUUUGAACUUAUAGAAAUGUGCCAUACUCUUGGAUAGGAAGAUCCAGUAUCAGAAAGGUGUUCGUUCUGUUGAUCAAUUCUGGCAUCAUAAAGCAGAAUAAUUAAAUAAAUCUGUAGUAUAAUAAUUAAAUAAAUCUGAAGCAAUGGGGCAAUGUAAUAAGAUUGGAAUGAUGUAAUAAGCUACCAGUAUGUGUUCAAGGAAGAGAAGUGAGGAAUACAAGAAGGAUGAGGAUAAAAGAAAAACUUUAUACUGUAUUAUCUCUUGUACUUUUUGAAUUCUGAAUCUUAUGUACAAAUUUACUCACAAGUACAAUUAAAUAAUAAAAUUCUC